GACGGACGGACGGACGGACGGUCCCUCCAGGGCUCGGCUCCCGCGCUCCAGUCGGAGACGGCCGCCGUGCGGUGCGGGUCGCCGCGGAGCGACUCGCCAGACCGGCCUUCGGCGCCCCAGGCAUUUGAAUUUAGAGAUUAGUUUUUCAGAACAGUUUCUUCAGGAAGAAUUUUACACUCGGACGACUUGAUCCUGUAAAAAUCCUAGGAUCAAAGAAAUGGGUCGCUCCAAUUCUAGAUCACAUUCUUCAAGAUCAAAAUCUAGAUCACAGUCUAGUUCUCGAUCAAGAUCAAGAUCACACUCUAGGAAGAAGAGAUACAGUUCUAGGUCUCGCUCCAGAACAUAUUCAAGGUCUCGUAGUAGAGAUCGCAUUUAUUCUAGAGAUUAUCGUCGAGAUUACAGAAAUAAUAGAGGAAUGAGACGACCUUAUGGGUACAGAGGAAGGGGUCGCGGGUAUUAUCAAGGAGGAGGUGGUAGAUAUCAUCGUGGUGGUUAUAGACCUGUCUGGAAUAGAAGACACUCUAGGAGUCCUAGACGAGGUCGUUCACGUUCCAGGAGUCCGAAAAGAAGAUCAGUUUCUUCUCAAAGAUCCCGAAGCAGAUCUCGUCGAUCAUACAGAUCUUCUAGGUCUCCAAGAUCAUCUUCAUCUCGUUCUUCAUCCCCAUAUAGCAAAUCUCCUGUUUCUAAAAGACGAGGGUCUCAGGAAAAACAAACCAAAAAAGCAGAAGGGGAGCCUCAAGAAGAGAGUCCUUUGAAAAGUAAAUCACAGGAAGAGCCGAAAGAUACAUUUGAACAUGACCCAUCUGAAUCUGUUGAUGAAUUUAAUAAAUCGGCCACAUCUGGUGACAUCUGGCCUGGUCUUUCAGCUUAUGAUAAUAGUCCUAGAUCUCCCCAUAGUCCUUCACCGAUUGCUACGCCACCUAGUCAGAGUUCAUCUUGCUCUGAUGCUCCUAUGCUCAGUACUGUCCACUCCGCAAAAAAUACCCCCUCUCAGCAUUCACAUUCCAUUCAGCACAGUCCUGAAAGGUCUGGGUCUGGUUCUGUUGGAAAUGGAUCUAGUCGAUACAGUCCUUCUCAGAAUAGUCCAAUUCAUCACAUCCCUUCAAGAAGAAGUCCUGCAAAGACAAUCACACCACAGAAUGCUCCAAGAGAUGAGGCUAGGGGACGCUCAUCAUUUUAUCCUGAUGGUGGAGAUCAGGAUACUGCAAAGACGGGAAAAUUCUUAAAAAGGUUCACAGAUGAAGAGUCUAGAGUAUUCCUGCUCGACAGGGGUAAUACCAGAGAUAAAGAGACUCCAAAAGAGAAAGGAUCAGAAAAAGGGAGAACAGAGGGAGAGUGGGAAGAUCAGGAAGCUCUAGAUUACUUCAGUGAUAAAGAGUCUGGAAAGCAAAAAUUUAAUGAUUCAGAAGGGGAUGACACAGAGGAGACAGAGGAUUACAGACAGUUCAGGAAGUCAGUACUUGCAGAUCAGGGUAAGAAUUUUGCCUCCACAUCUCACCGGAAUACUGAGGAGGAAGGAUCCAAAUACAAGUCCAAAGCUUCACUGAAAGGCAAUAGAGACAGUGAUGGAUUUAGAGAAGAAAAAAAUUACAAACUGAAAGAGACUGGAUAUGUAGUAGAAAGAUCUAGCACUACAAAAGAUAAGCACAAGGAAGAUGACAAAAAUUCCGAGAGGAUAACAGUAAAGAAAGAAACUCAAUCACCUGAGCAGGUAAAGUCUGAAAAGCUCAAAGACCUCUUUGAUUACAGUCCCCCUCUCCACAAGAACCUGGAUUCACGAGAGAAGUCUACCUUCAGGGAGGAGAGCCCACUUAGGAUCAAAAUGAUAGCCAGUGAUUCUCACCGUCCUGAAGUCAAACUCAAAAUGGCACCUGUUCCGCUCGACGAUUCGAACAGACCUGCCUCCUUGACUAAAGACAGGCUACUCGCUAGUACACUUGUCCAUUCUGUCAAGAAGGAGCAAGAAUUCCGAUCCAUCUUUGACCACAUUAAGUUGCCACAGGCCAGCAAAAGCACUUCUGAGUCAUUUAUUCAGCACAUUGUAUCCUUGGUUCAUCAUGUUAAAGAACAAUACUUCAAAUCAUCUUCAAUGACCCUAAACGAGAGGUUCACUUCAUAUCAGAAAGCCACUGAAGAGCAUAGUACUCGGCAAAAGAGCCCUGAGAUACACAGGAGAAUUGACAUCUCUCCCAGUGCCCUGAGGAAGCAUACCCGUUUAGCAGGGGAUGAAAGAGCUUUUAAAGAAGAAAGUCAAAAGGGAGAUAAAAAAUUGAGGUGUGAUUCUGCUGAUCUUCGUCAUGACAUUGAUCGUCGAAGAAAAGAAAGAAGUAAAGAACGGGGGGAUUCCAAGGGCUCCAGGGAAUCCAGUGGAUCCAGAAAGCAGGAAAAAACUCCAAAAGAUUACAAAGAAUACAAAUCUUACAAAGAAGACAGUAAACAUAAAAGUAGAGAGCAAGAUCAUUCUCGAUCUUCAUCCUCUUCAGCGUCACCUUCUUCACCCAGUUCUCGGGAAGAAAAAGAGAGUAAGAAGGAAAGAGAAGAAGAAUUUAAAACUCACCAUGAGCUGAAAGAAUACUCAUCAGGCUUUGCUGGAGUUAGUCGACCGCGAGGAACCUUUUUUCGAAUUAGAGGCAGAGGAAGAGCCAGAGGAGUUUUUGCUGGGACAAAUACUGGUCCAAACAACUCAAAUACUACUUUUCAAAAGAGACCGAAGGAAGAGGAAUGGGAUCCAGAAUAUACCCCAAAGAGCAAGAAGUACUUCUUGCACGAUGACAGAGAUGAUGGUGUGGAUUAUUGGGCCAAACGAGGAAGAGGUCGUGGUACUUUUCAACGUGGCAGAGGACGCUUUAACUUCAAAAAGUCAGGUAGCAGUCCAAAAUGGACUCAUGACAAAUACCAAGGGGAUGGAAUUGUUGAAGAUGAAGAAGAGACCAUGGAAAAUAAUGAAGAAAAGAAGGACAGACGCAAAGAAGAAAAGGCAAGACAUUUCUACUUCAAGAUUGCAACUCUUGUCCACUGGCCCAGAGACUGUUCCUAUAUUCUUUACUGUAGAUCUAAUUCUGACUCAUAG